AUGUCUAUUCAUUGUUCCUGGUUCUGCCUUCUAAGGCCAAACAGGCAAACAUAACUUAUUUUUCACAUGUCAGCCUUUCAAAUACUUGAAGAUAAUUACCAUGCCUUUCCAACAUCCUCUUUUCUCCAGGCAAAACAUUCUAUUUCUUUCAGCUAUUCCUUAUAAUAAGAUGGACUCCAGUUCUUUCACAGGUCUGGUUUCCUUUCUUUGGAUACUUUCCAACUUCUCAAAGUCCUCCUUGACCUUUCUUAUUCCAGAAAUGAACAUAGUACAUGGAUGUGAGUAACAGAAGAGAACUGCAGAAUUGAAAAUGAGUAUCAACCAGAAGGUAGUGGAAUGGUUGCAUGGUGGAGGUGAACAGGUUGUAAUACUUUACAAAUAAGGAAUUUGUAAAGGAUAACUGAAGGAAGGUAUUACUACUAAAACUUUUCCAAUUUAAAAGACUUGAAGGGGUUAAAUUAAUCUACAAGUACACAUACGGUAAGUGAUAGUAAGUGAAACAACUAGAACUUGCGUUCAAGUUCAUUAUAUUUUCAAUAAAAGCAGACAACAAGAUAAAAGAAUAAAGACCCAAGAGGUUAGACAUCAUGAAAUGAAAUAAAAUAAACAAUAAUACUAAUUGUUUGGAUUUAGUGACCUUUCCCAUACCACACAAUGGCAAAGGAAAACCUUUGUCAGUUUUUUAUCCAAUCCACCUCAACUGAAUGGAAGACAAACAGGAAAUGGUGAUGCAAUUGAUUUGAAGUAUACAAACAAAGCUCUGAAAAUAUAGGCUCUAACAAUGUGCAUACACGUGGACAUGCAAACAAUUUUGAUGAAGAUAUCUAUUGUCCAGACUAUGCCAUGCAUUUGGUUGGACAAGCCCCUCAUCUGUAGGUGUUUAUAAAGGAGAUUACCUUGGAUUCCUCUAGCAAUAGAAGUAACAGUGAUACCAAGACUGCUACCAAGAUGCUGAUGUUUCUGCUCUCCAUGGCCCUAUUGGCCCCGAGCUCAGCUUGGACUGUAGGCCGUGAUCUUAAGCUCCCAGACAAACAGCCUCAAAAACCACCUUAUGAAGGAGCUGUACCUAAAAAUAAUGGAAGUCAGGGGAAUAAUUCUCAACUGAAAUCAACCCCAUCACCUUUAGACAGCAAAUCCCCCAAAAAGGGACCUUCCAUAGUAGGCUUGGAGGGAUACUUUGAGGAUGGUAUGAUACAUCUCAAAGGUAGUAUGAGUCUUAUUCAAUGGAAAAUAAACUUUUUACCCCGUCCCCAUAAACAUCAUAAUAGAUUCCAUCCUGGAAGUCACCCACCAGCCAAAGGAAGCAAAGUGAAGGAUCUUCAAUUGAAAUCAACCUCCCCACCCCCAGGAAGCUGCACAACAAAAUGCUCCCAUCAACACCCUCCUGGAGAUCACCCAACUGCUAAUGGAAGCCAAAGGAUAGUGUCUCAACUGAAACCUUCUCUAAUAUCCCCAAAAGGCCACACCUCAACAUCUUCCAAUGGACACCAACAUGGAGGUCAUUCAGUUACCAGUGGAAGACGAAAUAAAUCUAAAUGGAAAGCAACCACAGUAGCCUACCUUCUCAAAUCCUCCAUGGGAUACCAGACUAAAAGGCCUUCCUUGUCCUCCAGUAAAAAAUCUCAGAAGAGUUAACCCCCAAAUCAGAGUACUCUUGCACAUUCCUAACUUCUCCCUUUCAUUGGUCUGAAUCAAUGGAGUUUAAAAUUAUACAACUUAAUAUAUGGAAAGUAAUUUAUAGAUUUUUAGUCCACCAUCCAUCAUUACUAAUCAUGCAUCCCCUCUAAUGGGCAAGGUUAAUUUUGUAACACUUCCUCUUUUAAUUCUCUUGCACACUCUCUCCCUUAUCCCACUGGUUUCUCAGCCUGGGAUCCUAUCUCUGUCUUUUCCACUCUGUUUGCUCUUCUUUUACUUUAAUAUCUCACCCUGAUCCAGUUACCAAAGUGAAAAAAAAAAUUGAGCCUGUGCUGUAUCAUUUCAGGAACUACAUUCAUCUUGGUCUCUGGUGCCAAUGUCUCUUUUACAUUAUGUUUCUUGUCCUCAACCCUGCCUCACUAUAGCUCUAGUUAGCUAAAUUUCUGUUUAUUUAACUGCCUGCAAUGCCAGGCAUGAUAUUAGGUUAUGUCCACUGUCUGUACUCUUUCCUUUUGUUGUUUCAGAAACGGAAUAAAAGCAAUGUGUGUGCAAGAGGCAGAUUGGAAGGUCUUCAGUGACAACUGGUGUUAAAACUAUAAAGAUAGCUGUCUUUCUCAUAUUUAAUUUUAAAACAGCAAUAAACUCAUUUGCU